GUGACAAUGGAUCGCUUCGACACCGAGCUAUUCAUCGAUGAGGUGGAAAAAAGACCUGCUUUGUGGAACAUCCAAUGUGCAGAAUAUUCUAACAAAACGAUUAAAAACGGAGCUUGGCAGGAGCUGGUGGAGAUUUUUGGAGAAAAUGAGGAUUCUUUGGAAAAGAAGGUUCUUUUUGGUGUAUCAUUACAAAAAAAAUGGAAGAACAUCCGUGAUGCUUAUAAUAAGGAAUUCAAGAAAGGCAAAUCAAUUCCUUCUGGUUCUGGUGCAUGUAAAGGUUCAAAAUACAUGUAUUUCGACCGGCUUUCUUUUCUUCAGAAGACGAUAGAAAACAAAGAAACUAUCACAAACAUAGAUGAAGCCAAAAAUGAAGAAAUUCGGAACAUUGACCAAAAGCUAGAUAAUUUUGUAAAUGCACGUGAAAUACAACCGGUACCCAAUAAAAGGAAGAAAACUAAAAUUACUUCAGAAGAGCGAUUGGCUAACAUAUUAGAAAAUAGUAUUGAAUCAAGAGAUAAAAUACAAAGACAAAUACAAGAAAGUAUGUCAAAGCAAGAUGAUGAUGAUAAACUUUUUUGCAUGUCAUUGUAUAAAGAGUUAAAGAAAGUUCCAGAAAAUAAACGAUUGGCUACUAAAAUUGAAUUGCUCCAGGUAAUACAGAAAGGGCAGAAAUUACCAUCGCCUAUUCAUAUCACGAGCCAGCAAAACACGCAUAAUGCAGUAUUUUGGCAAAACCAACAAUAUUCAAACCCACAAGGAUAUUUCACUGGAUAUUCUACAAUAGUACCAGGAGAGUCUCCAUCGCCUUUAUCAUGCAAUAGCACUGACGAUUCACAGUCUUCUAUAGUACAAAAUAUAUAUUCUGACGUAUAAAAUAAAUAUCUUACCUUAAUGUGA